CUUCCUAUGCGGGACGGCGGCAGGAGCAGCAGCAGCAGCGAGGGCGCUGCUACCGGUCGUAAGCUACGGUGGCAGCAGCCCGAAGAUGGCCGAGUCCCCGGAGGAGGUGGCCGUGCUGGUGCAGCGGGUGGUGAAGGACAUCAACAGCGCCUUCAAGCGCAACCCGCACAUAGAUGAAAUUGGAUUAAUCCCGUGCCCCGAAGCCAGAUAUAAUCGAAGCCCAAUAGUUCUGGUUGAAAAUAAACUUGGAGUGGAAAGCUGGUGUGUCAAAUUUCUUUUGCCUUAUGUUCAUAACAAGCUUCUUCACUACAAACUAAGAAAGCAGUGGUUCAACAAAGAAGAAUUGAUAGAUAUCACGUGUACCUUGUUGUUGCUGAACCCAGAUUUCACUACAGCAUGGAAUGUAAGAAAAGAAUUGAUAUUGUCUGGCACUUUAAACCCCAUUAAAGACUUACAUCUUGGGAAAUUAGCACUAACUAAGUUUCCAAAAAGUCCAGAAACAUGGAUUCAUAGACGAUGGGUUCUGCAACAUUUACUCCAGGAAAACUCCUUGCCCACUCUUGUGACUAAAGGGAACUUAGAAGCAUUACCCACAGAAAAAAUACAGCGGCUGGUGAAAGAAGAAAUGGAUGUUUGUUGUGACGCUGCUGGACGAUAUCCAAGUAAUUAUAAUGCCUGGUCCCAUCGUAUCUGGGUGUUACAGAAUUUGGCAAAGCUCAAUACAAAGAUUCUUCUUGAUGAACUUUCUUCCACUAAACACUGGGUCUCCAUACAUGUUUCCGACCAUAGUGGAUUCCACUACCGUCAGUUUCUAUUAAAAUCUUUGAUAGUCAGAACUGGGACUGAUUGUAUUAUAAAGUUAUUUGAUCACCCAGCCAAUCAACAAACAUCCUGUUUUCCAAAAGAUGAAGCAGAUGAAGAUGCAGAAGCUUUUUGCAUGGAAAAGCAACUGCCAGAUCACUCGUUGUAUCUGAAAGAGGAAAUAGAGCUCUGCACUGAUUUAAUUAACACUUAUCCAGGACAUGAAACAUUGUGGUAUCACAGACGUCAAGUCUUCUACCUUCAACACCACUUAAAGAAGUGUCCAAUUCCAAACAUCUGGUCAUCAACUUCAAACAAUAGUGAUGGAACAGUUAAUAAUUCACUUCCCCAUGUUACAACUGGCCAUACCACACAAGACAUGGAUGUUGACUGCUUAACGGAAUGCAACAAACAAGGCUACAGUCAAGAAACCAAGCGCCUGAAGCGUGCUCCUAUGCAGGACUGUAUCAACGUGGAAGAAGAAUAUAAGUUCAUUGAUCACGUUUUGUCUACGUGUAAGGAGGAGGAUCAGGCAAGGUUUGCAAGUUCAUAUAGAAAAUGGCUAGUUUCUUUUCUAGGCCAGUGAAGAUCUUUUAAAACUCUUUAGGGUCUUUGUUUAGUGCAAUAUCUUCUUUACAGACAGGUGUACUUAGGACCCCUGGCACUUUUCACCCUUCUGUUAUUCCUGCCACUGCUAAACUUAAUUUGCUGAUGUUGGGUUUAGUUCUAUUUAUAUUUUUAAAAGCCACUUUGUUAAUUUUUAUGGAUCUUUGUAGGAUAGCCCCACCUAAAAAGGAACUGUUUGGUGUUAAUAUAAAUUAAGUGCAAAUUUUAAAGUCACUAAUAUAACUGGAGUAAUAGGAAAACAGAAAGAUAGAUCUACUGGUGAACAAUGAUUUCAUUCCUAAAUACCUCAUCCAUAAUAAAUGCACCUAUUCAAAGUCAUUGGUCAGUGAAAACAGUGGAAAAUCGUUCAGCAUGACAAUGUCAAAAUGGUUUUGAGUACGAGUCUUCAUUUUAUAAUUGCAUUGCAUCACUACUCUUCUGAACUCUUUUUAUUUCACAUUUGAAUUGCUCUGAUAAUCUUACAGUCCGAUGACUUUUUAUUUUUAUUAUAGUGAAAGUGGGAUAUGGUUAUGUGAAAUAGUUUUGUAAAAAAAAAAAAGUCCUAAACUAAAACUAACUAGUUCAAUAUAAGAACUUUGGUAUUUAGGGUUUUUUCUGGCUUUUGUGAAUUUGGAGGCUUUCAUGAAUUUGAAGGUUGGAAGAUAUGGAAAUGUAAGAUGAUGACCAAGGAACAAACUUCUAUCUAAUCAGAUCCCUACCUGCAAUUUUCCUUGGCACAUGCAGAUUUUUUUCAUUCCUAAAAUAUACAGUGUUUCAUACUUUUUAUUGUAAGCAAUGAUAUAAAUGAUAGAUACAGGAUAUGAUAAACAAUGCUGACCAUCAAUGUUAUCUUUGUAAUGAUGUUUCACUUACUGGACAAUCUACCAUGCACUGGGACUUAUUCAUCUUUCAUUUAAUGCAACAGGACCAUACAUGGCUCCUUUGCAAGACACAUUUAAACCUCUUGAGAAAGUACAGUGCUCAACAAAAUGAUUUGCUUGUUUUGAGUUUUCUUCAGGUUAUCCACGUAAAUGCGGACAGAAAAGAAGAAAAUGCAGAGGCAGGAGUAAGCAGGUUGUUUAUGAUGGGGAAGACAAUUUCUUUUGUGCUUCAGCUGGACUGAGUUUGUGAAGGCUUUCAAAGAAACGAAUGAAAUAUGACUUGAAAUCCAUUUUUGCUUUAUUUGUAGUUUUAAGUUGAAAUUCAAGUUAGAUUUGCUGCAGUAACAUAGAGGCAACUGUAGCUAUUCAAUUUAGCUGCCCUUUUAUUAUAGAAUAAGGUCAAAUUCUAUAUUUAAAUUUGCAUUUGUACCUCCCACGGAAAGCACAUGGGGUUUUUAACGUAAUAAAACCAAAUUCCAAGUCUGAAAUUAAAUUGCAAAGUAUUUCUGUAUUUUAACCGUUGCUU